AUGCAUACUCAUUUGGAAGAUUUAUCAAAUGAGAUAUUCUUCGAAAUACUUGAUUAUUUACAUGCAUUUGAUAUUUUUAUUGGUUUUACUUCAUUGAAUCAACGAAUUUCAUCUAUUUUGCAAUUCAUUCCACUUCAUAUUAUUAUUUCACAUGAUUAUUGUCAUCGUCAAAUUGAUUUUCUUUCUUUACAUCUUACUUUUCAUGCUCAUCAAGUUAUUUCAUUAAAAAUUCAUGAUAUAAUUAGUGAUUAUUCAUCUGUUAUUACUUUAUUAUUUAAUCAACACAAUUUUGUUAAUCUUCAAUCAUGUAUAUUUACUUCAAUUGGUUCAUCAACAAAACUUGAAAAUAUUUUUAAAAAAAUUGAAAGUUUAAAUAAACUUGUUACAUUUACUCUUUUUGAUCCAUAUCUUAAUCUAAAUGAAAAAGAUAAAUGUAAUUUAACUCGAAUGAUGUUAAUGCAUAAAUCAUCUUCCCUUCGUUCAAUGGUACUUAAACAUAGUUAUGAUUAUGCCGAUAUAUCAAAUUAUACUUCAAUAUCUUCAAAUCUUACAUCACUUCAUUUACGUAUACAUGGUACACUUUCAACUGUAUCGAUUCAUUCAGUUUUAUUAAUAUUUCGUCUUUGUCAUGGAAUUCGACAUUUAGGCUUAAUACUAGAACACAAAUUUUUAGUUCAAAAUAAUGAUGUCAAUGUUUCAAAUUCAACAAUAUCUCUUAAUGAUACUGACUAUCCAAUAUUACCAAAAUUGAUAUCUUUCAAUUUAGCAGUUUUUCUUAUAUAUGAUAUUUAUGCAAUUGCUUAUAUGUUACGUUGUAUGCCUAAUCUUAAUCGUUUUAAUUUUUUUCUUGUGGCACAAAUGAGAGGAUUGCUAUAUUAUUGUGGAUUGUUUAAUGGUUAUGUGUGGGAAGAUAUAUUAAAACGUUAUGCUCCAUGUUUAUCUACAUUUGAAUUUCAAAUAUCAAUUCAGAAAAACUUAUCAAAUUUACAAUUAGACUACAUCGUCAAUUCAUUUCAAUAUUUUGUUAGAAAAUAUCCUAAUUGGAAUAUGACUAUUGGUCGAUGGAGACUUGCUAGUGAAAUUCCAGAAGAAUUUGUCAUGUUGAAGACACUUAAUUAUGAUAAACAUAAACCAAAUGUUAAGAUGUUGAUUCAUAAUAUUAGUUCUCACUCAUAUGAAACACGAUCGACAACACCAAUAAAUGAUCGUCAUCUUUUUUAUUCAAAUAUAACAGAUCCAACAAUAUGCAUGACAAAUACAAAACCAACGUUUACUUGGUCUUUAUAUAAAAAAAUUAGUGAUUUCUUCGUGCAAAUGCCAAUAAUACCUUCUUAUGACAUCUUCAUCAAUAACUGUUCAUCGUUGUUUUAUUCUAUCAUGUUAGCUUUCUUUUUUCUUUUCUUUUGUUCGUUGAUGAUAUAUAUGUACAUGUUUGUGAUAUUAAAGUUACUUGAUUAAAGAGAAUAAAUAAAAACAACAAAUUGUGUUUUUCUAAAUAUGAACUUGAUGCGUCUUUAAAAAGAACAUAACAGUAGUCAUUUAAGAGUAAGAGGGUCUGACAAAAUACCAACCAUGUCGGCUAUGGGAAAUUUUAAGAUUUUAAAUUUAAAUAUCUCAUUCGAAAAUGCACAAAAAGUUAUUAUGAGAAAUCAAAGAAUAUUCCAUUCUGACUUGCCUAUGAAAAUUGGCGAAGACCACAAUUCUUCAAAUUUUUGGAUCAUGAUCUUAAAGUCGACUUUUGCCAUUCUAGUCGUAUUUUGCAAUUUUUUCUUCCAUUGUUUGACGAUUUGAGUUGAGAAAUGUCUUAGAUGAUAAAGAAUUUCUUUCUCUACAAAAUUGAUCUAUUCUAUUAAUUUUUGAAUGGUAUUUUUUAUGAGAAAGGGAUCAAACUUGAAAAACUAAGGAUACAAUUUUGCUUAUCAAUUUUUAAUAUCAUGGACGAAAGUAUUACCAAAGUAAGAGCUCUCAUCCUGGAUUUUUUAAAUGUUUUAGCUCUGGUCAUGGUGCAU